AUGUAUGGAAUAACCCUCGUUUCUACAUCUGCUGUUGCUGCAUUUGUUGUUUUCUUUGUAUUCAAGGGUAACUUCACAUAUCUUUCUGAACAGUUGAAUAGCCUUAUAUUAUUCAUGAGUUCGAAAUUUUCAAGAUUCAAUGGUUAUGGGUCGAACUUAGGUGGUGGCAGAGGUGGUUAUAAUAGACGUGUGUCAAAGGAAGAGAAAUUUGCUAUGCAAAAUGGUGGUGAAGUUGGUGGUAUUUCAAAUGAGGGAAACACCUGCUUUAUGAAUAGUGUUAUUCAAUCAUUGGCAUCAUCUCGUGAAUUGAUUAAAUUCAUAGAUUCUUAUUUGUACACGAAUGAAAAUGAUAGUGGUGAAGUGUUGAAGGCAAACAGUUUUACAUUUUCUUUUGCUUUGAAGCAAUUGUUAACUAAUGUUAAUGGUGCCUAUGGUGCUAGAGGAAGAGAAUUCAGUACUAAGCAAUUACUCAAUAAAAUGCCCAAUGGUCCUAAGCAAAACUUUUUUUUGGGCUAUAAUCAAGAAGAUGCCCAAGAGUUUUACCAAUUAGUAAUGGGUUUAGUUGAAAGUGAGUUCAAAAAGUUUGAUGAAGCCAAGUCUCUCAAUAAGUCAUCAUCAAAAGAGAAGGGCUCCAAAUUUGUUAGCAUUGACAAUUUAAACCAGCAUGAAUACAUCUCAGGAUGCGAUCAGUUGGGUCAUUUGGGAAAUGUAUACGUUCCAGCAUUUCAAGUAGAUCCUAACUUACUGGAAUCGGAUCGUAAAGCAAUGCCGUUGAAUUUGGUAACCCCUGCUGAUGGUGUAUGUGCCGAACGUAUUGGUUGUGUUAAUUGUGGUGAAGUUGGUGGUAUUCGUUACUCUGUUAACAGUGGUCUUUCGUUGAACUUUCCUCUAGGAAGCAAUGGUGGUUCUUAUUAUUCAGGAUACACCAAUUACACCUUGAAUGGAUUAUUAGACGAUUGGUCUACACCAGAAAUCAUAGAUGAUGUCAAUUGUAACAGAUGUGGUUUAAUUCAAACGAAGCAAUUCCUUGAAGAGAGCAUUGAAAAGAAUAAUGAUAAUGAUUUUUUCACUGAAAAGUUGAAGAGUAAACUUGCUGCUAUUGAAACGGAGUUGAAGUUACCCCAUAUCGAAGAUGAAGCCUUUGAGAAACUUGCAACUAAAAAUAUGAUUAAGAAGACACGAAAGCACAAGCAAAUCCUUUUAAGUCGACCACCAGCAUUAUUGUCAAUUCAUAUCAACAGAUCUGUUUUUGACCCUCAAACCAUGAGAAUGAUGAAGAACUCUUCCAACAUAUCAUUUCCUAGUGUCUUGAACCUCUCCAAAUAUGUGGCCGAGCCAAGCGAUAUCAAUAUGGAUGCCAGACUACCAUUCCGUAAGCAAGACAUGAAGAAUGGGAAUUUAUCCGGUUCUAUAAUCAGCGAAAAGGGAACUCAUUUCAGCGACAACAUAUCGCAGCAUGAAUCUAUGGAGAUUGAUGAAACGGAUAAUCAACUGCUUGUAGAUUCUCCCGCUUCUUCAAGUACCAAUGAAGAUAUUGAAGAUGGAGAAACUUAUAAUCCUCUGUUGCUAUACAAUUUAAAGGCCGUGAUAUCACAUUAUGGAACGCAUAAUUAUGGACACUAUAUUUGUUACAGAAAAUUUAGAGGAACGUGGUGGAGAAUCAGUGAUGAGUCUGUGUAUGUUGUGACCGAGCGUGAAGUUGUGAAUUGUCAAGGUGUCUUUAUGCUCUUUUACGAGUACGAUGAUGGGUUCAAGGAAGAGUUGAUAGAUGUUGAAGAUGAGGAAGAUGAGGAAGAUGAACAAGAUGAGCCUCAAGCUAUCAGGCCUAACGGUGAGAUAGAAAGCUCCGAUGAAGACGAAGAUGAAGAGGACGACGAAGAUGAAGAUGACGAUGAAGAAAACGAGGACGAGCAUGAGGGUCAUGAUGUAAAGUCUGGUUCUUACGAAGAUCUUGAAGCAGAAGAAGACGAAGAUGAAGUAGCUUCUAGCGAUAUUGCUGAAAACUUGAGUGAACAAAACUCAGACAACGCGUUAAUUGCUGAAAGCCAAGCUCAUCUUUGA